AUGGGCUCCAAUAGCGCCAUGGAGGACGAAUUGCACCCAAUAAUGGACAUGGAAACCGCCGCUAGUCGACGACCACUUGGUGAGAGCAAAGGAUUACGGAGAGAUAGAUUAGCGUCUAUCAGUUCGUCUGGAUACUCGGACGCUUCUUCAGUUGAUGACGUAAUCAGCACUGCAUUGGAAUUACCUCCGCAUCUCCGCAAUCACUUAGUUAGUGUGGCUCACCGUAAAUUACCGCCUGUGACUUCAUUAGAAGACGAGUUGUUACCACCGAUUGACCAGAUGCGACCGCCGCCAAUGCGUAUCCCACUGCUACCAGAGAAUAUGAAGAUGGAACCAAUUCCAGGCAUUAAUCAACGACGGCAGAAUAAGCGCGUUAUUGUGUGUGGAGCUGGUAUUAUUGGGUUAACAACGUGUUAUUAUCUGGCAAUUCAGGGACAUGAAGUAUUGUGUGUAGAGAAGGAAAGGAGUGUGGGAACGCAAGUGAGUUUUUGCAAUGGUGCUUUCCUAGAUCCAGCUCUUUAUGCAAGUUGGUCUGAUAUUACAAACUUACGCAAAGGGAUCAGUUCUCAUCGAGGCCAUGCACAUCUUCGUGAAGCUACAACCUCUACAGCUUCUACAACAACAGCAGCAGAUGGCAGUAGUGUAAUUGUCAAUGGAGGUUCAGUUGCAACGGGAGCAUCCAGUACUUCUACAGAUAUUACAGUUUCUGUAAGGUCAGGGCGAGGGACAGCGUUAAAGUGGCCGUUGAGAGAAAAACCCAUGAAAAUUGAAAUGUCUGCAUUUCGAGAUGCCAAGUUUUGGAAAUGGGGACUGCAAUUUUGGCACAACUCGAAAAAAGGUCGCUCUAAUGAACACAGUCGCACCAUUCGAGAACUAGGAUUUUACAGUAUGUUGAAGCUGCGGGAGCUACAGGCAAACACUAAAAAAGGUGAAGUGGUUAUGGACCAAACAGCACAAGGUACAAUUGAAAUUUUUAGAAACCACAGUGAGCUGGAAGUAACGCUAGAGAGCGAUCGAAGUGCUCAUUUGUUGGAAUUAGGGAUGGACUUGCAAACGCUUACUGCGACACAAGCACAAAAUUUGGAACCAGCACUACGGUCCGAAAUGUACGCGCCUGGGGCAAUUUUGUCGGCUUUUGGGACGAGCGGAGAUGUGCACAAAAUGUGUCAAUCCCUUUACCGUUUGUGCUUGCGACAAGGCGUGAUGUUUCGGUUUAACACGGAAGUACAACAUAUUUUGACGGACAAAACAUCAGUGAUUGCGCUGCAGACAAGGAAAGGGUCCUUGAUCGAAGGAGACGAGUUUGUAUUGGCGCUUGGAAACUCUACUGCUCCUGUGGCAAAACGAGCAGGAGUUAAAUUGGCAAUUUACUCGGUGAAGGGGUAUAUGUUGUCGGUUCCAGUGGCUGCAGGCUUUCGUGCACCUAUCCACAACAUUUAUGCUGGUGGAUAUGCACUAGUUGCACCUUUGGGCAAGUCCUUGCUGCGAAUUUCGGGUGGUGUGGAUUUUGUGAGUCAGAAGAAGACCAAGGAAGUGUCACCACGUGAUCAAAAAAAGCGGUAUGACUGGUUGUUGGCACAAGCCAAACUCAUGUUUCCAGAAGGCUAUUUGGAUGUGGCUAAAAUGCAUACACACACUUGCUGGCGUCCGGUGACAGCAGACGAUGUGCCUCUUAUCGGUCGUACUAAGAUCCGAAAUUUAUACGUGAAUGCUGGCCAUGGCUCAAAGGGCUGGACACUUUCGUUUGGUGCAGGGGCAUUACUUGCUGAUGAGAUCAGCGGGCGGCGACCACAGUUAGACAUGAUUAAGUUUGGUCCCGACCGCUUUGGCUUUUUCGGUUGA